AUGUCCGCUGAGGCCCUGCGGGAGUACAACAACUGCCUGCAGGUCUUCUCGUUCCUCGUGAAGUGGGAAAACAACCCACGCAUCCAGGAGAUGCUGCGAAAUCGCAUGGAGGAGAUCCUCGGUAGGGCAGAAGCCGUCAAGGAGAUGACGAAGAAUGGCAAGGCGCCCACCAGCCCACCCAGUGGCGGCGGCUACGGGGGUGCAGCUACACAGGCACCGCCCGCUACAGGCACUGCUGAGGACGCUGAGGACAAAGAGAAGGAGAAAAUGAAGAAAGGCUUGGAGGGCGCCAUCAUGACGACCAAGCCCAACAUCAAGUGGGACGAUGUGGCUGGCUUGGAGGCCGCCAAGGGUGCUCUGCAGGAGACUGUGAUUCUUCCAACCAGGUUUCCACAGCUCUUCACCGGAAAGCGUGUGCCCUGGCAUGGCAUCCUGCUCUAUGGCCCUCCUGGAACGGGGAAGUCCUACCUGGCAAAGGCCUGUGCCACCGAGGCCGACGCCACCUUCUUUAGCAUCUCAUCCUCGGACCUUGUCUCCAAGUGGAUGGGCGAGAGCGAGAAACUCGUCAGAAGCUUGUUCGAGAUGGCCCGGGAAGCCAAGCCCGCGAUCAUCUUUGUGGAUGAGAUCGACUCCCUCUGCGGUGCCCGCGGCGAGUCGGGCGAGUCCGACGCCGCCCGGCGGAUCAAGACGGAGUUCCUAGCGCAGAUGGAUGGC